UGUUAGCCAUAACAGAGUAAACACAGCUGUUUUCGCUUACUAGAUAGCUUAUAUAUUUUUUUGUGUUUCUAAAAUGUCACUAUUUGCGUUUUUGAGGAACCGCACUGUGUUCUGGCUGAGCCUCACCGGUACGACGACGGGACUGGCCUUCUUCGUCAAGGACCUUAUGCAAGGCGGCCAGUUCACCAAAGAAACGAAUGAAACCGGCAAGGUGUUCAUUGUCACCGGUGCCAACACAGGGAUCGGCAAGGAAACGGUGAGAGAGAUUGCGAAGCGGGGUGGCACCGUCUAUAUGGCAUGCAGGAACCUAAAGAAAUGUGAGGAGGCACGCGAGGAAAUUGUGUUGGAAACGAAGAACAAAUAUGUGUACUGCCGGCAAUGUGACCUGGCUUCCCAAGAGUCCAUACGGCACUUUGUUGCUGCCUUCAAGAGGGAACAGGAACACCUGCACGUACUGAUCAAUAACGCCGGUGUUAUGCGCUGUCCCAGAUCUCUAACCUCAGAUGGCAUCGAACUUCAGCUGGGGGUGAAUCACAUGGGUCACUUCCUGCUUACCAACUUGGUGUUGGACCUACUCAAGAAAUCCUCACCCAGUCGGAUUGUAAAUGUAUCCAGCUUGGCGCACACUCGAGGAGAAAUUAAUACUGGCGAUCUGAACAGCGACAAAUCCUACGAUGAAGGAAAGGCUUAUAGCCAGAGCAAAUUGGCCAAUGUACUCUUCACAAGAGAGCUGGCCAAAAGAUUGGAGGGCACCAACGUAACGGCGAAUGCUCUGCAUCCAGGUGUUGUGGACACGGAAAUAAUCAGGCACAUGGGCUUCUUCAAUAAUUUCUUUGCUGGACUCUUUGUUAAGCCUUUGUUUUGGCCUUUUGUUAAGACUCCGAGGAACGGUGCUCAGACCUCGUUGUAUGUGGCUCUGGAUCCCGAACUGGAAAAGGUGACAGGACAAUAUUUUAGCGACUGCAAGCUCAAGGAAAUGGCGCCGGCUGCCACCGACACCCAAACGGCAAAGUGGCUCUGGGCAGUCAGUGAAAAGUGGACGAAGCCAGCAAUGAUUAAGAUACAAUAGUUCGUAUUGUAAAAAAUGUUUUAGAGGGCUUCUUUGUUACUUCGCAUAAAUUUUCUGUUUUUUACAGUCUA